GAACUGUGGGAAGGUGUGUGCCAGGGCCUGGGAUUGCAGGAACUCAGAAGUGUGUGGGUGGGAGUGUCAGCAGGAAGCUGAUGGGAAAAUAAGGCUGGAGAGGAAGCGGCCACCUAAUCAGGUCUCCAUAGGACAGAGUUUGGAUUCUGGAUUUCUUUUAAAUAGCAAUAAGUCAUCAUUGAAGUAUGAGAGCAGAAGAAUGAUGUGGGAAGAUGUCUGGCUGCUGAGCGGGAAAGGUGGGACAGGUGACCUGAAAAGGAACAGGCUAAAGGUCUGGCUGCCAAAAGCCCACAGAGGGAAAUAUGCUGCAGGUUUAUGAUAUGAUGGAGACUUGGCUGUCAACACAAAGACCACAUGCAGCACAGAAGAAAAUCAGCCUUGGGUUCAAUUCAAGAGAUAGAGCUUUGGAAAGUGGGGAGCUGCCACAGAAAACCAGCACUUCAAAGUGGGAGCUGUUGGUUACCAGGAGCAGUAAACCAGUGGCCAAUGUCUUUGAUGCCGCUUUGCUGGAGGCAGAGCCAAAGGAGAGCGAAAGAGACUUCAAAAUUAUGCCUACGAAACAUCCAAGGGCCUGGGGCGAUGUCAAUGACCGUGUUGGGUGUAAAAGCCAGUUCCUUAAUGAUUUGUGUAGUAUGAGCCCAGUGCGAAAGACAGACAGACAGACAGACAAACCACACGCGAGGGCUGCCGGUGGGACUCUGGGUGAUGGUAACUGUCCUCCUCGAUCACCUACACUGAUUCCCGUUGCUCAAAUGUGCCAUAACGAGCAUGUGGGCAGGAGGACCCCCGUGAGCAGACCCGAGAACAAUAAACGCCAUCUGAGGCAAACCAAAGGGAGCUGGUGGUCCCGUCCCGGCUGGGGCGCGGGUCUGGAAGGCCCCUCGUGUGCAGCGGGGGAGCCAAACAAAGGCCCAAGGCGGCAGACGGAGCCUGGGAGGAAAUCGACUGGAAACAACAUCCUGAGUGAGAAAAGCGACAAAAGAACCACCUCCCCAAAAGCAGCCCAAAGUGGCCAUUUAAAUAGUAAAAAUGACGCAGGGCUUUGA